UGAUUUGAUGAUUUGAUGAUUUUCUAUCGGUGGAGUGAGGAGUGGAGCCGCCCCGCGCUCCAGUGGCAGCAGCGCUGACCCAGAUCGAACGCACCCGGCGCCGUGUUUUGUUGUUGUGGUGCAGCGGACGGCUCAUCUGCUUCGGCCUCGAACUUCUUCCGAGCCGCAUCACCGGAUUAACGGGAUUCACCGGAUUAACGGAAUCACCGGGAUGCUCAUGAGCAAACAGACGAGAAACACAAUGAAACCCCCGGCACAGACUCAGUCCCCUCCCGCCGGCAGCAGCCUGGUGUUUGAAGGUGUUUAUAACAACGCCCGCAUGCUGCACUUCCUCACAGCCGUCGUGGGCUCCACCUGCGACGUGCGGGUGAAGAACGGAGCCGUGUACGAGGGAAUCUUCAAGACUCUGAGCUCACAGUGUGAGCUGGCUGUGGACGCUGUUCAUAAAUGCAGUGACGGAGAUGGAGGUGGGGGAGGUGAGGAGGGAGGAGGGGGAGGAGGUCCUUCCUCUGCGCCCAAAAUUGAGGAGAUCACUGACACGAUGAUCUUCAGCCCGACCGACCUGGUGACCAUGACCUGCAGAGAUGUGGAUCUGAACUUUGCUGUCAGAGACACAUUCACUGACUCGUCCAUCAGCUCGUCGCGGGUGAACGGGGAUCACAGGGAGAAGGUGCUGCAGAGGUGGGACGGGGGCGGAAAUGGAGAAAACUUCGAGUUGGAGUCGGACAACUCAAACGGCUGGGACGCCAGCGAGAUGUUCAAACUGAACGAGGAGGCGUACGGCAUCAAGUCCACGUACGACUCCAGCCUCUCCAUGUACACCAUGCCUCUGGAGAGGGGGAGCUCUGAGGUUUACCGGCAGCGGGAAGCGCGAGCAUCUCGGCUCGCCAGCGAGAUCGAGGGCGGCCUGCAGUACCGCCAGAGGGUUUCUCUAGAGAACGACGAGGGCCGGAGCGAGGAGGAGAAGUACAGCUCCGUGGUGCGAGAGAGGGAGGAGCGGGCGAGAGAGGGAUUCUCCUCCUCCGUCAGGGAUGGUAAAUACGUUCCCAGGUCCAGAGAGGUCGGCCCGUCCGCCGGCAGCCUGAGGUCCGGAGGUCCGACCUCCUCCAGGCACCCGCCGCCCGGCUCCUCCGCUCCUCACCCCCCCCAGAGCAGCCCGCCUGCAGCCGGCAGCCCGCCCUGCACCAAUCACAUCCUCCCACACUCCCUCUCACAUCCACAGGCGCUGGCCCACACGAGCCGCUCGUCUGUUAAUGGAGUUGUGUUGAGAACUUCCCCAAAAUCCCAAAGACUUCAGAGAAACCUGCGACCCCUGAACUGCCAGUCCGCUCCUGCAGUGGCUCGUCCUCCAAAACCAGAGGCCCCUCCCCAGGACCUCCCCUUGACUGUCCCCGCCUACCUGGACUCCUCCCCCUCCACCAAACCCUCCGACCCCACCCCUCUCUUCCCCGUAGAUGUGAAUGAAAUCUUAGCAGCUAAAGAGCGAACAGAGAGUUUGUCGGCUCCACUGGAAGUGAAGAGCAGCAAAGUUCACACGGUUCAGCAGAGAUCUCAGCUGGACGAGCUCCGCAAGUUUGGGAAAGAGUUCCGGCUGCAGCCGAGCUUCUCCUCCUCAGCGACUCCGUCAUCUUCAGCCCCGCCCCCCUCCUCCUCCCCCUCUUCCUCCUCCUCCCCCUCCUCCUCCUCUUCCUCCUCAUCCUCCCCGGCUCCACCGAAACCUGUCGCCCCCCUUACCACAGAGGCAGCUCCCCCCAACACCACUGCUCUGAAUCUUCUGCCCGGCCCCCAGGCCUCGGGGCCGGAGGGGCCACAGGUCGGGGCCCCCCUGCCGCCCCCCCGCAGUGGUGAAGACAGCAGUGAGCCAGCAGAGACGGCUGCAGUACAAGUGAAAAUCUCGACACUGAAUCCAAAUGCUAAAGAGUUUCUCCCCAUCAAAGGAAACUCAGCGCUGAAACCUGCGACGACGCCGACUCCUCCUCGGCCGACCCCCCCCAGCCCCUCGGUGCUGCUGCCUUCCCCAGGACCACAGGGAGGCUGCGCUCUCUACAGCAGCCCCCCCGGGCACUACCUGUCCUACAUGUCCCCCAUCACCAUUCAAGGACACUCCAUCCAGGCUCCACAGAUGUAUCAGUACACAAUGUCAGCUGUGAACCAGGGGAAGUACCCUAGACCCAAAGCUCCACUGGUGGGCCCCCGCCAGGAUCACCACUCCUCCGCGGCCUCCUCCCUGAUGUCAGCGGCAGCCUCGGCAGCCGGGCCCCCCCUGGUGGCGUCUCCGUACCCGAUGUCCUACCUGCAGUACGGUCAGGUGAUCCAGGCCAUGUCCCCCUACCAUCACGGACAGACAGUUUACUCGAUGCUGCAGGGGGGCCCUCGGAUGCUGACGUCUGGGGCCCCUCCUCAGCAGAUGGGCCCUGGCCCCCAGUUCCCCGGCCAGGCCGAGGGCCAGCAGGGGCCACAGCAGGCCAUGUACGCUCCUCAGUCGUUCUCUCACCACUCGAGCUCCAUGCUUCCUCCUCAGCCCUCCAGCACGCCCACUGGGAAUCAACCCCAGCACACGUCUCCCAGUCCAGGACUCUCUCACGGUCUCGGGGGCCCUCAGCCUCAGUCCAUGUUUCACUCUGCAGGUCUGUCGGCUCCGCAGGGCCACAGCUCCCCUCAGGCCCCCUACGCCAUGCAGGGGUUCAGCCUCCCGGGCCACCAGCCGCUGGCCCACGGCUUCCCCUCCAUGGGCCAGCUCACUCAGGCUCACGUCACUGGAGGCAUGUCAGGACCCCACCACUCUGCCGGCCACGGCCCCCCGCCCCUCAUGCUACACUACGCACCCCCCCAGCAGGGCGGCAGCUCCAACCCCCAACACGGCCCGCCGACCCAGCAGGGGGCGCCACAACACUUCUACAUCGGACCAGCCCAAGCUCUUCAGCUCCAGGCUCACCCGACCCAGCAGCUGUCCUUUCAUCCCUCCACAAACUGAACUGUCCUCGUCACAUCUGGAUUCAGGAGCGAUGGCGCCCGAGCAACAUUCCCACCCACCACAUCAGAUAACCCUGUUUUAACCGUAUGUUUUAGACACGCUGACAGAUUCUAAACACAAGAACAGACAGUUUCCACACGAGGACUUGAAGCUGGAGUGAAGACACUAACUGGUGAAGCUUUUUGGAAACUUUGUUUUUUCCUCCCCGUCCCUCUUCUGACCUUUUACAGACGAAACCAGUUCAUUAAUAAUAAAACCACUGGAAAAAAAAACUUUGUUUCAAUUUA